AGUCAGACUCAAAAGCAAAGCAGACAGCAGCCUACACUACUACACUUCACAGGCUGCUUUCUCUAGGACAAAAGGAUUUGCUUCAGAGACAAAAGAACACUCUAAACAUGGCCUCAGAGAUCCACAUGCUGGAACCCAUGUGUCUCAUUGAGAACACCGAGGAACAGCUUGUCAUCAAUCAACAGGCUCUAGGGAUCCUGUCAGCCAUCAAGCAGCCAGUGGUGGUGGUGGCCAUUGUGGGCCUCUACCGCACAGGAAAAUCCUACUUGAUGAACAAGCUGGCUGGGAAGAAAACAGGAUUCUCCCUGGGUUCUACAGUGCAGUCUCACACCAAGGGCAUCUGGAUGUGGUGUGUCCCUCAUCCCCAGAAGCCAGACUACACCCUAAUUCUGCUUGACACUGAGGGCCUUGAAGAUGUUGAGAAGGGAGACAACCAGAACGACUGCUGGAUCUUUGCCUUGGCUAUUCUCCUCAGCAGCACCUUCAUCUACAACAGCAUAGGAACCAUCAACCAGCAGGCCAUGGACCAGCUGCAUUAUGUGACAGAGCUGACUGAUCUAAUCAAGUCAAAGUCAUCACCUGAAGAGAGUGAGGUAGACGACUCAGCUAACUUUGUAGGCUUCUUUCCAACCUUUGUGUGGGCUCUGAGAGAUUUCUCCCUAGAGCUGGAAGCUAAUGGAAAACCUAUCACUGCUGAUGAAUACCUGGAAUACUCGUUGACCCUGAAAAAAGGAUCUGAUAAGAAAAGUAAAAGCUUUAACGAGCCUCGGCUGUGCAUCAGGAAGUUCUUCCCAAAGAGGAAGUGCUUUGUCUUUGACAGGCCUGCUCAGAGGAAGUAUCUUUCCAAACUAGAGACAAUUAGAGAAGAAGAUCUGAGUGAGGAAUUUGUACAACAAGUUGCAGAAUUCACCUCAUACAUCUUCAGCUAUUCCCAUGUCAAGACUCUGUUUGGUGGCAUCAUAGUCAAUGGACCACGUCUACAGAGCCUGGUGCUGACAUAUGUCAAUGCCAUCAGAAGUGGAGAACUACCCUGCAUGGAGAAUGCCGUCCUGACUUUGGCCCAGAUAGAGAACUCAGCUGCGGUGCAAAAGGCCAUUGAGCACUACGAAGAACAGAUGAACCAGAAGGUCCAGCUGCCCACGGAAACCCUUCAGGAGCUGCUGGACCUGCACAGGCCCAUUGAGAGUGAGGCCAUUGAGGUCUUCAUUAAGAAUUCUUUCAAGGAUGUAGACCAAAAGUUCCAGAAGGAAUUAGGGGAGCAGCUGGUAGUGAAGCGAGAUGCCUUUAUCAAGAAAAACAUGGAUGUGUCAUCAGCUCGUUGCUCAGAUUUGCUGGAGGAUAUCUUUGGACCUCUGGAGGAAGAAGUCAAACAGGGAACAUUUUCUAAACCAGGAGGUUACUACCUCUUUCUUCAAAAGAAACAAGAGCUGGAGAGAAAGUAUAAGUGGGUUCCUGGAAAGGGGCUCCAGGCAGAAGAGAUCCUGAAAAAGUACUUUGAGUCCAAGGACGACGUGGCUGAAACACUUCUAAAGACAGAUCAGUCACUCACAGAGGCAGCAAAGGAGAUUGAAGUGGAACGUAUAAAGGCUGAAGCUGCUGAAGCUAACAACAGAGAGUUAGAAAAGAAGCAGAAGAAAUACGAGCUGAUGUUGGCAGAGAAGGAAAAGAGUUACCAGGAGCACGUGAAACAGCUGACUGAGAAGAUGCAGCAAGAACGGGAACAGUUAAUAGCAGAACAUAACAAAAUUAUAUCUCUCAAACUUCAGGAACAGGAGCGUCUUCUCAAGGAAGGAUUUCAGAAUGAGAGCAAGAAAAUUCAUCAAGAGAUCCAGAGCAUCCGGAAUAGGCGCCCAGCUGGGAAAUGCACCAUACUCUGAAGGUCUGAGAUCCAGCUGACUGUCUCUGACCAGCUUCCUUUCAUGCAGGAAUAUGUUGACUGAGAACCUUCAGGGUUUGAAACAACUGUUAUUAAAUUAACUUAACUCACCUGAAAAUCACCUGUAACUCCAGUUUGUGGUCAUUGAUUGACACUGGGCAGUGUUGGAGGAGGUUCCUAUCUGCACAGGAUGCAUGUAUGAAUGGAAGCUCUGCCUUGGGUGUUUUAGAAGUCCUCCUGAUGUGCUCCAUGCCCAGCCUGCAUUCGUUUCUCUUUAUAUCUUAAAGUUUUCUCUUUUCUACUGUAUAGUGUCUACAAUCAAAAGCAGAGGACUUUUAAUUAACUCUUUAAAUUAAUCCCUUUUCAUUCCUUAAGUACUUUUUUUUUAAUUACAGUCCUUCAAAAACUAAACCCUACCUCCAUUUCCCCUUUUGUCUCCCUGCUAUGACAUCCUAGUUUGAAGUUUUUCAGUAUGAAUAUUUUGCACAAGUUAAUAAAAAGCAUUAGCCCACCAUAAUUGUUCAGAAUAUGUAUUUUAUUUGUGGUUCAUUAAGGAAAUAACAGAAUCUUCUAAUAAACUAAAAAGUCACUUAUUUUUUAAUAUCAUUGGGUGGCACCCAGACACUCCAGGAUAUUAGGAUGCCUGCUCUCUGUCUAUUUCAUUAAGAAUAAUGCCACCACACAAAGAUAAUGUUGAAGUCGUGGGUCUCAUCUCUCCCAAGGCAUGCAGAAACAAAACCAACUUUCUUAUGCUUUUGGCUGGUGCUCAUAUCAAACCCAGGCUGUGACAAGGCACUUUAAUUAAACAUUAACUCACAGAAUAACA